AUGUGGUACAAGCGCGAUGAACGUCAGUAUCGUAUCUCGCUGUUCUUCAGCGCGGCAUCCUUGGCUGGAGCUUUUGGAGGAAUCCUGGCUUGGGGUAUCGCGCAUAUGAGAAACGUCGGGGGAUAUGCAGGUUGGAGAUGGAUUUUCAUUCUUGAAGGUCUUCUCACAAUUGUGAUUGCUAUCGCCGCGUACUGGUUCAUUUCGAAUUAUCCAGAUACCGUUUCGUGGCUUUCCAAGGACGAACGCGCUUUCAUCCAGGCUCGAUUGAGGGCCGAUAGCGACAACACCAACGACGAGCAAUUUCGAUGGGCUGAUGUUUUGCUCGCGUGCAAGGAUAUCAAGAUCUGGCUCUAUGGUUUAGCGUUCCAUACCAUGUCUCUGCCGUUAUACACAUUGUCUCUUUUCCUGCCGACGAUCAUCAAAGACAUGGGCUACACCAAUGCUCAGUCUCAGCUCCUUACCAUUCCACCAUAUGCUGUCGCGACCCUAUUCACCAUAUUCUGGGCUAUCUUAUCGGAGCGCUACAAGCAGCGUGGGCUUUUCAUCGUCACAACGUCGGCAGUCGCCAUCAUCGGGUACAUCAUUCUCCUCGCCAACACGGAUCCCAAAGCGCGACCUGGCCUAUCCUACGCAGGCACAUUCUUCGCUGCCAUCGGUAUUUAUCCCUCCGUUGCACUGGUACUCUGCUGGCCAGCCAUCAACGUCUCCGGACAAACAAAACGCGCCACCGCCAACGCGAUGCAAAUCUCAAUCGGUAAUCUAGGUGCUGUUCUUGGUACGCAACUAUAUCGACCUAAGACGUCGCCGAGAUAUGUCCUGGGGCAUUCAUUCGCGCUGGGAUAUCUGUGCAUGAACAUUGUGGUGGUCACUGCGCUGAUGUUGACUCUCAAGAAGGAGAACAGGCAGAAGGAGCAGUAUCUGAUCGAGCAUCCCGAGACGGCGGGCUUCCACGACAGCGAUGAGGAUUUGAGACAGGGAGAUCGUCAUCCAAGGUGGGUGUUCCAGGCAUGA